GCUGAACUAAGGUGUGUGUCAGCUGACAGCUGUGUGAUGCUAGCAUGCUAACUUCGGUGUUAGCAAACAGAAGCAGUUUUUUGUUAAACCGAAGUCGCUGCAUUUAACUCCGUGUUGUUUUAGUUUAUUUUUCAAUUGGCGGGUCUUAUCGUGUGACCCGAGCAUUAUUAUGUGUCCAACUCGAGGAGGUUUACCAGUUAAACCAACUACCUAAGCAGCUGGUUUAGCAUUAGCGGGCUAGCGGCUACAUCUCGGGAGCAGCUCUUCCUAGCAACCGUAGCUAGCUGCUGCUGCUGCGGCUGGUUGGUUGGUUGGUUGGUUAACGCUAACCAGCGGGCGUCUUCAUGGAAAGUUGUGCGAAUGUCGCUGUAGACAAGCGAAGAUAAAUGUUGACUAAAUGGCAAAAACCGAGCAGGGUAAUGGACUGGACUUGCGGGGCAGCACAGAGAAGCUGACAGAUAAUGGGAGAGGAUCCGAGCCCGAGGUGAACGGCGGCGGCGUCCCCGGAGAGACCCCGGUGGACAAGUACGGCUUCACCGGAGGAGCCCAGCAGAACUCACCCUCUGAAGACGUCCCUAUUGAGGUGUUGAGGCAGCGGGAGGCAAAAUGGCUGGAGAUGCUCAACAGCUGGGACAAGUGGAUGGCCAAAAAACACAAGAAGGUCAAAGAGCGCUGUCAGAAGGGAAUCCCUCCAUCGCUGCGAGGCCGGGCCUGGCUGUACCUCACUGGGGGCAAAGUGAAAAGGGAGCAAAACCAGGGCAAAUUCGAGGAACUGGAUGAGCAGCCAGGAGAUCCCAAAUGGGUUGAUAUCAUCGAGAGGGACCUCCAUAGACAGUUCCCCUUCCACGAAAUGUUUGCAGCUAGAGGAGGUCACGGGCAGCAGGACCUGUUCCGCGUGCUGAAGGCUUACACUCUGCAUCGACCUGAAGAGGGCUAUUGUCAGGCUCAGGCUCCCAUUGCUGCUGUACUUCUGAUGCACAUGCCAGCUGAGGAUGCUUUCUGGGUUCUCGUCCAGAUUUGUGAAAAAUACCUGCCGGGAUACUACAGCACCGGCCUGGAGGCGAUCCAGCUGGACGGCGAGAUCCUGUACGCUCUGCUGCGGCGGGUGUCUCCCGUGGCCCACCGCCACCUGAAGAAGCACAAGCUGGAGCCCAUCCUGUACAUGACCGAGUGGUUCAUGUGUGCCUUCUCCCGGACUCUGCCGUGGGCCUCGGUGCUGCGUGUCUGGGACAUGUUCCUUUGCGAUGGAGUGAAGAUCCUCUUCAGAGUCGGCCUGGUGCUCCUGAAAAGCAUGCUGGGAACCCAAGAGAAAGUGAAGGCCUGCCAAGGUCUCUAUGAGACGAUGGAGCGGCUCCGAGCAAUACAGCCACAGUACAUGCAAGAAAGCUUCCUGGUGCACGAGAUUGUAGAGUUGCCGGUGUCUGAGAAGGACAUUGAGAAGGAACACCUCGCCCAGCUGCGUCGCUGGAAGGAGACUCACGGAGAUCUACACUGUAAGUCUCCUCCCAGGAUGCACGGCGCCAAAGCCAUCAUGGCCGCCGAGCCGCCGAGCCGCCAGGACCUGAGGCAGAGACCGACCAUCAUCGUGGAGUCUCCUCUGGCACCGAAGCCAGACGGGGAGCAAGCCAAGGACGCCAAGGGAAGUAGAAAGACUGUCGAGGAAAACGGGAAGGAAACACUCGUCCCGCCACAGCAGACAGAUAAUCCUAACCCUCCUCCCUCCGACUCUUCACUUCUCCUCAAUCACACAAACAUACCAGGGUCCAAAGAGAGUCUGAGCAGUGCAGAGCAUGACACUUACCUGUAGCAGGGCAACGUUUACACCAGUUAACAAGCAUGAAUCAUUCCAUCUAACUUAGCGGUCACACGCUGUCAGUGACAUUAGAAACAUUACUUAAUGCGUCUGUAGCAGUCACACCGAGAGUUUUACUAUUUUUAUAAGUCAUUGCACUCCAGACAAAGUCAUGAAAUUUAAAAAAAGUAGUUUUAAAACUUUCUAAAACUGAACAAAAUGCCAUCGUUCAGACUGUUAGGCUGUUAUACUCAACACACUUUGUGUCAUUACAUUUAUACAGGUCACUACAGACUGUGCUUUUAAGCUAAAUGGUGCAGCGAUGAACGUUUAGCUUUAACGUGCAGGACAUUUGUACAAAUGUAAUGGAACUCAAACGUGUAAUUUUCAGGGAGCCACAAUCAGACAUGGGAGAGUGACGCUAAUAGCUUCAUGGGACCGAACCACAGACUGUAUAUAAAAGAUGGACGUAGCCAUGUAUUGUUUUUGAAGCCUCAAAUUUACAAUCUGGUCAUCACCGUCGUGUUUUUUUCAUACGUGACGGGACAAGUGAGGGACGGAUCUGACAGAGAAACUGAGAACACUACGCACGGCCGUACAGUAGGAAGUUAGCCCUGCUUUAUUGUGGAUGUCACUCUAAAUGGGUGCGUCAUAUACAAAAUAAACACUGUGCUGUAUUAAAGGAGACAUAAAACACCAUAAAGUAAGUAGGACAGUGUUUACUGAGCUAAUCAAGGAAGAAAUAGAAUCAUUUCCUUACUGGCUUCCAGAGGAGUCGCCCCCUGCUGGCCGUUAGAUGAAAUGCAGGUUAGGUCUGUUGAUUAAUUUUUCCCAUCCAGUGCUGACGUCUGUCUUUAUAUCCAGUCUGUGGCCUGAACAUGUAGGGACACACACUUACUCACUGUUAACAGCUCCUGCUGCUACUUACCUCUUAAAGCAGUGCUCUGAUUAUCGCUUUUGUUUUAAAUGAAGUCUGAUUUUUGUCUCAGUUGAUGAGAUCUUUUCCAGAGCACUUUGCCUUCAUGGUCUUCCUUUUUUGCCUACAUUAGUCACUACUUUGCCAACGCCGAGAUUUGUACGUAUCCUGCUUCGCUAGUCUCAGCCAUUCGCGUUCGUUUUAUAGACUCGCAGUUCAUCAGCGUGUCUGUUGCUGAGCUGCACCCGUGAGUUUGUGUUUGCUGUCUUUGAACACUUGAGGGCGUCCUGAGAUCGUCGCUCAGCCUCAGUAGCAGCAACACGAGAAUAAAAACUGACACAAGCUGUGUGACGCUCACAUGAAGGAAGAAAGUGCAGGGACAUCUAGUGCCACUAAGCCAAAGAUUUGUAAUGAAUAUUUUUAAGGAAUUAUUCCAAUCAGUUACGUCUUACAGUAUUUGAUUGUUGUCAAUUUGGGAGUGCAAAGAGUUUCUAUUUAUGUUGUGAAUGAAUUGCGAUAAAUUGUGAAGAAUCCUGAGCUGUUUUUUUGUACAAUCCGGUUUAAAGGUGUGUGGAUCUGUUGAUUCAUGAACGUCUAAAGGAAAAAGCCAGCGUUAGGACAUUUUUGUUCACUACAAUCUCAGAAUAUAAACGGAAUCUGCUUCUUUUUGACAAAUUUGUGGUGGAAAUAUUAUUUUUGUUGACAAAACUGCGUUGAAUCAGCUGCCAAGAUUAAACUCCAAAUUCAAUAUGAAGUAAAGGGAAUUAUCAAAUAUAGUACCGGACAAAACUACAUCUGAAAAAUGAUCCGAUCAACAGAAGAUAUUUAAAGUCAAAGGAGCCAUAAACCUUUUGAUGGUCACCAAAUUGUAGGUGUUGAUACUUACAAAUAAAAAAUGAAUUCAUUUGCAACCAGCAUUAAACAUUCUGCUUUAUUAGCAGUUCCACACGUGUAAGCUUACAUCAGAGUAUUUUCUUGUCAGGAAUGUUGUUGUGGUUGUGGGUCGGUGUUAACUUCACAUUGUGGAGAUUUUUGAAGUAUUUGUUACGGGUUUAUUAGAAAGCACUCUGAGGCCUGUGAGAGGCAAAUUGACGCUUAAGUUUAAGCAACAUGCAGCUCUUCAGCUGUCUUGUAACGGUGCGUCACCCAGGGAUCUAAAUGAUGAGUUAGCCAGUCGUUCUGAAGGAUGCAGGGAUUGUACCGGAUGUGGUUUGCGAGCGACACAUUUGUUAAAGUUUGUGCUUCAAAAUCCAGCAAAUUCAUGUAAACAAAAAAAAAAAGAAAGAAAGAAAAAUGUACACUCCUUUAAGUAAGAUGCUGCAUAUUGCUAAUCAUUGCAAUAGUUCUGUUUCAGGAGAACCUUUAUUAAACCGAGGGGCUUGUAAAUUUGCAACUUUAAAUGUAAGUUUAUUUCCAAUCUUUUCUCUCAUUUGGUUUAAAAUCAGCUUUUUCAAAUCUACAA